ACUGAAGCGAAGAAGAAGAUUCUCGGUUUGUUUACAUUUAUUAAGUUGUGAGGAGUCAAAUAAAAAUUUAGCUCUAUAGAACAUAAAAAUGGUUUAUUGUUCAGUACCGGGUUGUGAAAAAUUCAACAAAAGCCAAAAUAAACGAUUUGUAUUUAGCUUUCCCAAAAAAAAGGAAUUGGUGCAAAAAUGGCUUGAGGCGAUACCCAGUUUAGCGCGUCCUGUUAAAAGCUCUUGGCGAGUGUGCCAAUACCAUUUUAAACCAGAGGAUAUUUUAAAGUCAUUCAGCCACACUAUUGGUGGGGAAGUGUUUUUAAUAGAGAGGGAGAGACCAAGGCUGAAACCAAAUGUGGUGCCAACAAGAAACCUCGAAUUCAACAAAUUUAUUGAAAACAACGAUCGAGAAACCAAAUCAAUAAAUAAUCAUAAAUCACAUGUAUUAAAGCAAUCUAAAGAUACUGACGCGUUAAAUAAAAAAUCCAUUGCACAAUUAAACUUAGCAGGUAACCAAGAUGCCGUACCUGAAGAGAAUCGUGAAAAGGCAUGUGUGCGCAGUGUUGAAAUUAUAAAAGUUCAUCAUGAAUCCAAGGUUCUUACAGCCGUUGCAGAUAUUUUGCACAGAACCCCUGAAUUUCUAGACGAGGACGCUGAGCAAUUUGAAUCGCAAAGUUUUGAGGACAUAUCUAAUGAGUGUAACCAAAAUCUGGAUAGAGCUGAUGGAAUUAUUAUUCUACAAGAUAAAGAAAAUAGCGAAAGCAGUUUAACUGACAAUAAAACCGAAAACCUUGUCAACUGUUCCAAUCCAAUAACAGAGGUGGAUUACUUUGACAACCUCUUUGAUAGUGUUUUUGAGGUAGUUUUGCCUACAACGUUGUGGGGAGUUCAUCGCUCUCCACACCAAAAACGGAUAAUGUUCGUAUGUGUAGAUGAAGAACAAUUAAAUAUACAAAAAAUGUUGAUCGUGGAUGAUUCAGGCGACCUAAAAAUGUAUUUAGUGAGCAGGUUGAUCCGCGAAGAGCAUUGGCCAGUUGAUAUUUUAACUCCAGAGCGUAUAUCAGAUAUGCUUGCAGAGUUGGAGGCAAUGCAAAUAUGCCUUGGAGCAAAUUUGUCUGAAACUUGUGAAGUUCUGCUUACAGAUGUUAAUAGCGAUGAGCAAAUAACGCAAAGAUUAUGCAAAAAGUGCUGUUGAAAGUGUAUUUAUAAUUUUAAAAAUCACUAAAAGACAUAAAAAUAUGUUUUUUUCAGUUAUAGUUAACAAAUAUAAUAAUAACAUAAAUACAUGUAAAAUACAAAUUUUAUGCAGGAAUAAACUUCAGUUAUUCUUAUUAAAACUUUCCAACAAC